AUGGGGGCGCAGGAGUGGAUGACAGACUGCGCCCUAUUGGCGCAGCACGGAAAGCGCACCACGGUGUGCAAGAGUGAUCUCGCGCUCUCCUUGCUGAUGCGCAACGAGGGCUGGGUGGGCGGCAAGCACAAGGAAAUUCACGAGGAGGUCGAGGCGGCGCGCGCUCAGAACAAGAAGCUGCGGAAAAGCCAGCGUGACUGUGCUGAGGUGAAAUUGCCGACGGUCAGGCAGAUUGAGAAGAUGGUCUUCGGAGAUUGA